AAACUCACCUGACUGCAGCAAAGACUGAGACUCUCCACAAAUCUAUUUUUGAAGAACUUUUACACCAACUUUGUCUGAACAAACAUGGUGUCCACGGGUCUACAGAUGUUGGGUGCUGCUCUGGGAGUCAUAGGAUGGAUUGGCGUUAUCAUCGUCUGUGCUCUCCCCAUGUGGAAAGUCACUGCCUUCAUUGGGAGCAGCAUUGUCACCUCACAGACGAUCUGGGAGGGCGUCUGGAUGAAUUGCGUUGUCCAAAGUACUGGUCAAAUGCAAUGUAAAGUCUAUGAUUCUAUGCUGGCCUUAAGCUCUGAUCUGCAAGCAGCUCGAGCUCUCACCAUUGUUGCCAUUGUGGUUGGAGUCAUGGGAAUUCUGCUUGCUGUUGCCGGGGGCCAGUGCACUAACUGUGUGGAAGACAAGCAGUCAAAAGCCAAAGUUGGAAUUGCUGCGGGGGUUGUUUUCAUCGCUGCAGGGGUCCUGUGUCUCAUUCCUGUGUGCUGGACGGCCCAUACCAUUAUCAGGGACUUCUAUAACCCUAUGAUGGUCGAUGCUCAGAAGAGAGAGGGUGCAACAAUGGCUUCUCAGGGUCUCCAGAUUUUGGGUGUCCUGCUUGCAUUCAUCGGCUGGUUGGGUACGAUCAUCACCUGUGCUAUGCCUAUGUGGCGGGUGACUGCUUUCGUUGGGGCUAACAUCGUAACUGCUCAAGUUAUUUGGGAAGGCUUGUGGAUGACCUGUGUAGUCCAAAGCACUGGCCAGAUGCAAUGUAAGGUGUAUGACUCUUUGCUAGCACUGCCUCAGGAUCUCCAAGCAGCUCGGGCAAUGGUGAUAAUAUCAAUAAUAGUUGGGAUUUUUGGAGUGCUCACGGCCAUAGUUGGAGGCAAGUGUACAAACUGCAUUGAGGAUGAAGCGUCAAAGGCCAAAACGUGCAUAGUAUCUGGAGUGAUUUUUAUCAUCGCAGCUUUUCUGAUCAUUAUUCCGGUUUCCUGGUCAGCCCAUGCAGUGAUAAGAGACUUUUACAACCCCAUCCUGACCCAGGCCCAGAGGAGGGAGCUGGGAGCAUCACUGUAUAUUGGGUGGGGUGCGGCCGGACUGCAACUGCUUGGUGGAGGCCUGCUCUGCAACAACUGUCCUCCCAAAGAAGGCCGACCGUACAUGCCGGCCAAGUUCAUCCCAGCGAGGAGCAUUUCCAACUCUAAUGCAGACUAUGUGUGA